AUGACUUCCCAGCAGCAGCAGCAGCAGCAAGAGUGGAUGGCACGAGUGGGAUCGAAUUCUACCUUAAGCAAGACCCAUGAUGAAGAAAGUACCUGUCGAUUUACUCAUAAUCAGUGCGAUAAAGAACUCUUUAGUAGCGAGUAUUUAAGAAGUAACAAAGCCAGUGGGCACAAGAAUCUACGCUGUUUUCCUCAUUGUUGUGGUGGUCACAACCCCAAAAGUUUCUGUGGCUCUGGACUUGUCAUGGAGUGUUCACUAGUAAAUUGUACGCUAGUAUUGGGCAGAUUUGAAGAAGUAGCCAAGCAACAACCAGUUCAGGUCAAGACUCUAUCGUCUUCUAUACCAGCAAUUGACUCGGGAAGUCUCGGUCGUCAUAGUCUUAUGAUUGGCCGAGAAUAUCUUCGUCAGGAGCUUUUUGAUGAUGUCAAGAUGCCGGAUCAACCUUUUGGAUGCUGGUUUCGAGGUACAGUAGUACCGAAUGGAGACUCGACGGAAUCAAACUGCAAAAGCUUUUUGCUCAAUGGCAAUCGACAAUCGUGGCAUUAUGGAUGGCAAUCCUCACGACUAAACUGCAAGAAUUUGCAUGUGUUCAAGGUUUACGUCUUUGAUACAAGUGCGAGCGGAAAUGACAAUGUUUUGACGUGCAUUGCUGCGCUGGCAUCUCCAGCGUUUCGGAUUUCGUCCAGUCGCAAGGCCAGGAAAACGUUUCGCUCGCCCAUGAACCAAACAGCACUUGUCAAUGGAACUACAUCGAAUUUAAAUGGAGCAGCGAUGGGAGUGCAAUUGCCUCGAAAUGUGACGCCCGUUGCGAGAGGAUCUGGAGCAAGGUCGCCAUCAGAACCACAAAGUGCGAGGAGUGUUGAUGAACUCUUGGGAAACGCAGCGAGAAGUAAUACUAUUGCAGCCAAUGCUACUGCUAUGUAUGCUGCAUCUCAGCAACAGCAACGACCGCCGACGGGCUUCAUGUCGAGACAGCAGGAUCCAGCUCGACGUGAACGGAAGCGUUUGACUCGAUCAGCUUCGCUCAAGACGGAUUAUUACUCGACCGUCUCGUUCUCUACACUUCAACAACAACAGCAACAGCAGCAGCAGCAAUUUCAGCCACCACAGAGAGUAUCACUUUCUGCAACGCAUCCACCGUACUUUGAAGGCCUCCAAGAGAAUUGCGUUUCAACACCAUCGUUGCCAGGCGUUGGCUCCUUUCUGAAUAGCUCCGCAGCAGAAGGUAAUCGAGCGUUUCACGCCCGACGAUCAUCCCUAGCUGCUCUUCCGAUGCCCGUCCCCAACCCGCUGACCAUGUCGCGCCAGCACCAGAGGUCAUUUCCCGUGCUUACUCCAAUCACAGGCAUGAUGCAACUUCGACUGGAGAAUCGCUCGCCUUACACAAGCACCCCAAUGGGGAGCUCAACUCCGCAAUCGUCGAGUUCUGCGGCCUCCUGUACUGGCACACGGGUCCCUUCUAUGAAUACAACGCACCUCACGGCUGCAGCUCUGCACCAGCAUGCGUAUGCUUCUGCCAGGCCGUACCUGUACGCGCGGCGUGAUACUUGGUUGAGCAGUUUGCAAGGAAUGAUUCCUGAAGGAGGUGGUAUCCCAAUGAUGAUGAUGUCACCUGGAUUAACAGCUGAUAGUUACCUGAACCGCAAGCGCAACCGCUCCACAGACUCAGAUAAGGCGAUCACGGCUGCUAUUGAGGCCUCCGAGAGGAUUCGCCCAACUUUAUCGCCUGUGUCAUCACCUGGGUAUUCACCUCUAAUGGUAGCCCCAGUUCCUACGGACAGUGAGCUUUACCGUCGCGCACGAGUUUUGCAGCUAGCAUUCACUAUCGUAAAGCGUAUUCAUCGAUUUGAAGAAGUUGCAGCGAAGCAGAAGGAUUUGAACCAAAAGGUGUAUCGCCACUCGUUCGAGAUGAUCACUCCACCAAUGCCGAAUACAUCUUCGGUUGAGGCUUUGAGAUCUCAGCGCAAGAAAUGUACGCUGGUACAGAUUCCUUUGAGUAACCCGAAGUUGCUGCAUUUGUGCUCAAACCUUGUGACGGUUUGUACAUCGCUUGUGAAUUCUGGACGGCUGGAAGAUUUGCGUGAAAAGAUGCACGAGUGUGCCCAGGCUGGACGUGGUGCAUUAGCUGCUUACGCACAGCUUGUGAAUUUGUUAAAUGAUGCUGUAGAGGCCGAGAUGUUGCGUCUACCGCGUCGAAUGCACAAGUCGUGGGGCGACACUGAGUCUGCUGACGAAGGUGAGUGGGAUUUGUACGGAAUGCUGAAGAGUUGCGAGCCAUGGCUACUACAAGAGCCAUGGUGGGUGGUGCUGGAUGAAGAUGAUCAGCAGCAAGCAGGUGAUACGGAGGAAGGCGCAUUGCGCCCACUACCGUACAUGAAGUUGUUUGCGGACUACUAUCACGCGAUUCGGGAUGCUAUGCCUUCGCCCCACGACCUGGAAGUGGCGGCCUCGCUGCGGAAGGCAGCGGUUAAAGGUGCUACGGGUCUGACUGGUGAGUGGAGACGCCAAGGCGAAGCCGACGAGCAUCAUCUGCAGCAGCGCCAGCGCGUUGCCUCUGUUCGAUCGGCAACGGCAGCUUCGUCGCUUUCGUGGUUAGCACGUUGCAUUCAUGCGCACACAACUAAAGUGUUCCACAUCACCGAGACGGACACGACUAUGACGUUAUCGCUUCCGAACAGUUUGGUUUCUGCUGAUGCAGUUUUCCUAUUGCAGUUGAAUCAGCAAGAACCAACGGUGGUUCUUUCGCAAGACUACUUUCCGUUUGGAUGGUCUCGUAGGCGUUCAUUGAUGGCCUAUCGUGCCUGGCGUGUUCGUGGUAUUGGUGACUCGAACGGCAGUGCCGUAGCUGUUCAAUUUAUGCGUUGGCCUGACGAUAUCGAGCUCGAAGCUGUUGAAAAUGAUGAAGAGGAAGAGGAGUUGGAUGAUGAUGAUGCCGAGGACUCUCCUGUAGAACCCGAGGAGGAGCCUCAUGGUCGUCGUAGGCGCCAGCCGAAGCGUCUGCGCACACGAAUUACCAUCUACUUUUCGGUAUUCUCCACGAUGACUCUUCAGCUGCGUACAAUUGUUGAAGCGAGUCUUGCCCCUGCUGCUGCUUUGCCUGCCUCCGCGUCGGCGCAGCCCACCGAAGAGGACAUGCUGCGAUACUUCAAAUCACCGUCGUCCUGGGAAAUGCGAUCGCAAAUCUCGCAGCAGUACACGAAGAAGAUGUAA